GCGGGGCAGGAGGAGCGGCGGCGGCGGCGGGGCGAGUCGAGGCCUACGCGGGCCGCACCGCCGGCAUGUCCCUCGUGGCCGAAGCCCUGGUCUCCCAGGUCGCAGCUACAGAACCUUGGCCUGAAGAUGCUACACUUUAUCAGCAGCUGAAAGGGGAACAAAUUUUGCUUUCUGAUAAUGCUUCUUCUCUUGCUGUUCAGGCCUUUUUGCAAAUGUGCGAGCUCCCCAUCACAGUGGUAUGUAGAGCAAAUGCUGAAUACAUGUCUCCAUCUGGUAAAGUACCUUUUAUUCAUGUGGGAAAUCAAGUGGUAUCAGAACUUGGUCCAAUAGUCCAAUUCGUAAAAGCCAAGGGCCAUUCUCUUAGUGAUGGGUUGGAUGAAGUCCAAAAAGCAGAAAUGAAAGCCUACAUGGAAUUAGUCAAUAAUAUGCUGUUGACAGCAGAGUUGUAUCUUCAGUGGUGUGAUGAAGCUACAGUAGGGGAGAUCACUCACUCUCGAUAUGGAUUUCCUUAUCCCUGGCCUCUGAACCACAUCUUGGCUUAUCAAAAGCAAUGGGAAGUCAAACGCAAGAUGAAAGCCAUUGGAUGGGGUAACAAGACUCUGGAUCAGGUCUUGGAAGAUGUAGACCAGUGCUGUCAAGCUCUUUCUCAAAGACUAGGAACACAACCUUAUUUCUUCAAUAAGCAGCCAACUGAACUUGAUGCCCUAGUGUUUGGCCAUCUCUUCACAAUCCUUACCACUCAGUUGACUAACGAUGAACUCUCUGAAAAGGUGAAAAAUUACAGCAACCUCCUUGCUUUCUGUAGAAGAAUUGAACAAAACUACUUUGGAGAAAAUGGAAAAGGACGCAUCCCUCUCAGGUUGGCCUAGAGAGACCUGUUAGAUUAACUACUUCAGUGAAAAACCUACGUCUUAAAUUUGGUUCAGCUUCAUGAUUGUAAUAGUAUCAGAAUUUUAAAAAUUAACACAACUUUUAGAAACCAGCAGCUGUAUAAGAGACCCUUUAUAUGUAUUUUGUAGCCAAUGUACACAUUAAGCAGUAAUGAAUUGCUCUAUUGUAUCCUAGAUGAUGUUUGUUUGUUUCCUUGAACUAUGUAUGCCCAUAAAAAUAAAGCUUUAGCAUUGAUACAAGUUCCCUCCCUCCCAAUUGCUGUCAGCUUUAUAUAUGUGAAUUGAAAAAGUGCUUUAAGUUCUUCUCAGGGCAGAAACAAAAGACUAGACACUGAAGGUGAUCUUGCUAGUUAGAUGACAAAAUUGGCCAUGGGAAAAAAUGGUCAUUUUAGGACUGAAUAAAUAUACACUUAGAAAAUUUGCCUAUUUACAAGAUGUUGAGAUCAUAUACUAGUUUAACAUUUUAAAAAGUAAUUCUUGUAUGAAAUCAGUUGGAUGAAAAGAGAAACUUCAAGAAAGCAGGUAAAGUACAUUUGAUAAAGGGAUGACUCUGUGACACUAGGAUCAGAGGACCAUCAAUUUAGAGCUGGAAGGGACCUCAUAUUUUGUUAAGAAUUGUUCUUGAUGAUUUUUUCCUCUUAAAAUUACUAAUCACAAAAGUAGCAGUGUGGUUGCAAGAGACCAUUAAGUAUAUUAUAUGCAAGCCAGAUAAUAAUCAUGAAAGUGGUUUUUAUGUAGUCUUUUUUUAUUUUUCUGUUUUAGGUUUUUAUGUAGUCUUUUUUAUUUUUCUGUUUUAGGUUUUUGCUUUAUGUUUAAGCUUUUUUCCCCCCCUAAAUAAACAAAACACUGGAAUGGAUUAGUUGGCAGCAGUUUUCUUCCCCCAGUGGAAAACCUUCUUAUUGAUGGGAAAUUUUAUCAUAUGAAUAUUUUCAGAAAGUUCUGUUUUUACUAUGCAUUCUAGGUACAUACUGUAACUCCCUCGUUGCUUUUCCCCAAUCCCCCCAAAAUCACAUGCUUUGAAAUCUUUUUUUAGUCUCUAAUGCCAUUUUGUUCAGUCUUUUUGAACUCUUUUUAAGCCUUCUUUAUUUUUAAAAGUUUCCAAUCCUCAGUUACUUUGGUUUAUGCUGACUUUUCUUUAAAACCUAUUUUGUCUAAUUCUUUUUUUUUACAAAUCCUUAUUCUUUAAGGAUUUUUUUGAAUUUCACCAUGUUAUUAAUUUGAUAAUCUUUUAUCUUUUGUACUUUUGUACUUUUGAUAUUCUUUCUGUAUCGUGUAGUAUGUGAAACCUAGGCUUUUUCUUGAUGCUUUUUGGGUAGAAAGGCACCAAUAUUAGCACAAGAUGCAUUUUUAUCAUUAUCAUUACAGUUUGCUCUCUUUUUUCUCGUGUAAGAUAAAAAGCUUUUGGAGACAGUGGCUGUUUAUUCUAAGCUGAGAUUUCUGCUCUUAUUUAAGACUUACUAUCUAUGGAUCACUUUAGGUCUUGUGGCUGUCCUCUGUCAAGGUGAAUCACCAUCAAGGCAAAAUGCAUUAGAAAAUGGAAACCUUGACAUCCCAUUGUGGUGAUUCAGUUUCCGCCUUUACCUUUUAAAUUGGAGCAUUUAAAGCCAAGUCACAGUAGCUAAAAAUUACCACUGAAAAGUCAGCGCUGCUUGUUCCCAUUCUGGUUGCUGACAAAAAAAAGCUAGACGUGUGUUCGGUUGGGUUUUUUUUUCCCUCCCUGUCAAAUGUUUGAGGUUACUCUGAAAUACACUCUAAAAGUAGCAUACUGCCCUAUUUUAUGAAUUUUAACUUGUGAUUUUACAUAGUGGCUCAUUAGGAUACUGAGUAGAACACUAAGGAAAAGAAUUAUUGUAGUCAAGAGAUACUAUACACACAACGUUGUUAAUGUACUUUGGGUUUCUUAUAUGAAUGAAAUGGCAUUUGUGAAGACCUUAGUGCAUAGUGCCUGGCACAUAGUAGAUGAUAAAAAAUUCCUUCCUUCCGACUUAAUGAUUUCCUAACUUUUUAACUUCUUUCUUUUCUAAGUUCAUUCCUCCCUCUUAUUUGACCAAAUACAAAUUAUUUCUGUGAAGGUUUUUUCCUUUAAAAGUCUUAUCUGGUGGCCUUUUGAUUGCUGUAAACUUUUGGAUGAGCAGCAUGGCUUUUGAAUGGAGCAGGACCUUAGGAGUCAUCGACUCAAUUCCUUCAUUUUGCAAAUGAGGAAACUGCAGCCCAGGGAGAUUAGGUGACUCAUCUAAGAUCAUCUAGUAGUAAUAAAAGCCAAAUUAUUAGUUAAUACUUCUUUAGAUACCCAAAAUUUGGGGAAAAUAGAUGGGAAAUGUGCAAGUUCAUUUAUGACUUUUUGUUCCUGAUAAUGUUAAUUGACUGAUGGUUAAUGGAAUAUUUCUUAGCAUGGUAAGCACCUACUAUUUGUUGUUAAUAAGUGACGGGUGAUUUGAAUUCUUCAAAUUUAUUCGAUACUAGAAGAUACCUUAUGAUUGGAAUGUUAGCAUUUUAAAAUAUUUGUAGUUACACAGUAUUUUAAAAGUAACAGGUCAGUGCAUACUCAAUUGUUUCGUGUUUUGGCUUCUCUGACUUUUCAUAUACAUGUUUAUAUGUUAUGGCUUGUAAAUUAUUAUAUGGAUUCCCAAAAGGAAGUGCUUAAUAAUAUUUAGAAUUACAUACAUGAUCCAUCCAUCCUAUUUAAGUUCCCAAGUGUUUGGAUCAUUCUUUAUGUAGGCUUUAUGUUAAAUUGACAUUUAACCCUGUGUACUCUUAGUCAUUUGGUCUGGAGCCCUGUUCAUAUAAUACUUUCUUGUCCUACUAAAGGUGGUAACUAGAGCUAUAGUGUAAUUGGAUGAAAAUCUCUAUGUCUCCUAGUGUAGGGUGUCUUGCUUUUGUAUAAUUUAACUUAUUUUCCUUCUGAAUGUGUUUUUUGCUGUAAUUUUUCUUUUUAUUUUUUUAAGGUUUAAUGAAGUAGCUAUAGCACCAAACAGAAUCGAAAAGUCUAUUCUGUUAGUGGAUAAUCUUCCAUACAGCCAUGUAACUUGAGUUAUUAUAAUUUGCCUAUGCCCAAUCUAUCUAUAAAAUAUGGAUAAUAUUUGUGACCGACUUAUUUCCUAAGAGGUUUGUUUGUUUGUUUGUUUGUUUGUUUGUUUGUUUUUUUAAGAAUGAUGUUUGGAAAUUGCUAUGACUUCCUUGGGGAGGAUUGGUAUCCUUAAAAGUCACAUCAAUAGGGACAUGAGCGAAAGUCUUUUCUGAGAGCAUAAUUAUAUUCACUACCCAGAUCUUUAUCAUGCUUACCAAAAAUGCAGAUAUCAAUAUUAAAAAAAUCAGAAUAGCAGUGUGUGAACUUUUAAAAAAAAUCUGUAAUGAGCAAAUGAUAUUGCUGAAUACCUGCUUUUUAUUGGGCAUUAACUGUCAUUUUUGAGAUGAAAAUAAAUAACUAAGAAUAAAAUGCCUUUUCCAUGA